GGGAUAACGUUAUUUUCCACCCGCGCUAAUAGAAAUCCUUAGUGAAAAUGGGCAUCGACGAUAAAAGUAUGGCUCCUGCUGUUUCGGAAUACUACAAAUCUUUAGUAGCAAGAAACGAAUUAACACGCUCCGAUGUGAGCAUCUUUCCCAGCUAUACGCGUUUGAAAAUUGAAUACUUUGUCGUUUGCAGACAAAGAUAUUACAAAGAAGGAGUGAAACAGCGUCGACAAUUUAUUAAGGAAAUUAAAGUACACGAAAGUUUACAAUCGAGAGCGUUGGACGGCGUACGAGUCCAUAGGGAAUUUUGCAAUCCAGUGCUGGUACCACCUGCCGCGUCCGAAAUUAUUAAGUUAACUCCAAAGGAGAUAAUGCGUUUGGAGAAAAUUUUAGUGACAAAGUAUUAAAUUUCAUUACCGUCGCCGUUUAU